AUGGUCCACAUUCCAGGCUACACCCACACCCCCUACCCCACAUCAACAUCCCAGGCUACACCCACACCAACACCUCAGGCUACCCCCACACCCCAGGCUACAGGCUACACACCCACAUCCCAGGCUACCCCACAUCAACAUCACAGGCUACACCAACACCCACAACCCACAGGCUACCCCCACAUCAACAUCACAGGCUACACCAACACCCACAUCCCAGGCUACCCCCACAUCAACAUCACAGGCUACACCAACACCCACACCCCAGGCUACCCCCACAUCAACAUCACAGGCUACACCAACACCAACACAUCCCAGGCUACCCCCACAUCAACAUCACAGGCUACACCAACACCCACACCCCAGGCUACCCCCACAUCAACAUCACAGGCUACACCAACACCCACACCCCAGGCUACCCCAACAUCAACAUCACAGGCUACACCAACACCCACACCCCAGGCUACCCCCACAUCAACAUCACAGGCUACACCAACACCCGCAUCCCAGGCUACCCCCACACCUCAGGCUACCCCCACACCCCAGGCUACCCCCACAUCAACAUCACAGGCUACACCCUCACCCAUAUCCCAGGCUACCCCUACACCCCAGGCUACCCCACAUCCCAGGCUACCCCCACACCUCAGGCUACCCCUACACCCCAGGCUACCCCACAUCCCAGGCUACACCCAGACCCACAUCCCAGGCUACUUCACACCCACAUCCAAGACUACACCCACACCCACACCCCCAGACUACCUCACACCCUCAACCCAGGCUACACCCACACCCACACCCCCAGACUACCUCACACCCUCAUCCCAGGCUACACCCACACCCACCUCCCAGGCUACAGCCACGCCCACAUCCCCGGCUACCUCACACCCACAUCCCCGGCUACCUCACACCCACAUCCCAGGCUACACCCACACCCACAUCCUUUACCCCAUGGGUAUGGCUUAA